AUGAUUUCAAGACAUUAUAACGGUAACACUGUUUCAAUUGCAAGAAAUAUUACCAAAAGAUAUUUUAAUAAGUCAGUUCAAAAUUUAGCAGUUGCUACUACAAACUCACCAAAAACUUCGAGUUCUGCAAAUACUACUUCUGUCGACUCAAAUGGUGCCGGUACUGCUUCUUUUAAAACUGUUAAAAUUAUAGACAAUCAACAUGAUGAUAAAAAGCAAAACAUCGUGAUUUUAGGUUCUGGUUGGGGUGCUAUUUCUUUCUUGAAAGGUAUAGAUACCAAAAAAUAUAAUGUUUCCAUUAUUUCCCCAAGAAACUAUUUCUUGUUCACUCCUUUAUUACCAUCAACCCCAGUUGGUACUGUUGAUGAAAAGUCGAUUAUUGAACCAGUUGUAAAUUUCGCUUUAAAGAAAAAGGGUUCUGUUACCUAUUAUGAAGCUGAGGCUACUUCGAUUAAUCCAGAUCGUAGCACUGUCACAGUAGAAUCUUUAUCAUCUAUUGCAAGAGUUGCUCAGACUGAUCAAAAUGUAGGUAUUAAAAGAAAAGAACCUGCUGAAAUUAAAUACGAUUAUUUGAUCACUGCUGUAGGUGCUGAACCAAACACUUUUGGUAUCCCAGGUGUCGAAAAAUAUGGUAAUUUCUUAAAGGAAAUUCCACAUUCUUACCAAAUUAGACAAAGAUUUGCUUCAAACAUUGAAAAGGCAAACUUAUUACCAAAAGGUGAUCCUGAAAGAAAGAGACUUUUGUCAAUUGUAGUCGUUGGUGGUGGUCCAACUGGUGUGGAAACUGCUGGUGAGUUACAAGAUUACGUUUCUCAAGAUUUGAAAAAAUUCUUGCCUUCCGUAGCUGAAGAAGUUCAAAUUCAUUUAGUUGAAGCUUUACCUGUCGUAUUAAAUAUGUUCGAGAAGAAAUUAUCUUCUUAUGCUCAAUCCGUAUUGGAAAAAACUUCAAUUAAAUUACAUUUAAAGACUGCCGUCGGUUUAGUCGAAGAAGAUCACUUAAUUGCAAAGACCAAGUUGGAUGAUGGUUCAGUAAAGGAAACUAAAAUUCCAUAUGGUACUUUGAUUUGGGCAACUGGUAACAAGGCUAGACCAUUGAUUACUAACUUGUUUAAGAAAAUUCCAGAACAAAAUUCUUCAACUAGAGCUUUAAAUGUAAACCAAUUCUUACAAGUCAAGGGUUCCAACAAUAUUUUCGCUAUCGGUGAUAAUGCUUUUGCCGGUUUACCUCCAACAGCACAAGUAGCUCAUCAAGAAGCUGAAUAUUUGGCUAAAGUCUUCGACAAGAUGGAUAAUUUGCCAAACUUCCAUGAUAAAUUAAUAGCAGCUAAAGAAAAACCUGAUGUUUUAUUGGAAGAAAAUGGUUUCAAGCCAUUCAAAUAUGUUCAUUUAGGUGCAUUGGCUUACUUGGGUGCUGAAAGAGCUAUUGCAAACAUUACCUAUGGUAAGCGUUCGUUCUAUACUGGUGGUGGUUUGAUUACAUUUUAUGUUUGGAGAAUGUUAUAUGUUUCCAUGAUCUUAUCAGCUAGAUCAAGAUUUAAGGUUAUUACUGAUUGGUUGAAAUUGGCUUUCUUCAAGAGAGAUUUCUUCAAGGGUUUGUAA